UGCUCACUUCACCUGGACGGGGUGACCUCAGGGACCUGCCGCAGUAGAGGAGGCAGGAGGCAGUUCUUCCCACUGCCCAAAUAUGCAGUUCCUCGUGCUCCGGGGCCCAGGCAUGCUUCCAGUGCCUGCUGAGGUGGGAAGAAGGGGCUGUGCAUGGGGGGUGCCAAUGCCCUCACCCAUAUCUCCCCUGCAGGACACAGUGGGUGAUGCCUGCAUCAGGAGCAUCAGUGACUUGUCACUGCAGCUCAAGAACCGGGACCCUGAGGAAGUCAAGAUCAUCUGCCAGCGGCGAAGCCAGCUCAACAACAGGUGGGCGAGUUUCCAUGGCAACCUGCUCCGGUACCAGCAGCAGCUCGAAGGGGCCUUGGAGAUACACGUGUUGUCCCGAGAGCUGGACAAUGUCACCAAGAGGAUUCAGGAGAAGGAAGCCCUGAUCCAGGCCCUGGACUGUGGGAAAGAUCUGGAGAGCGUGCAGAGGCUGCUGCGGAAACACGAGGAGCUGGAGCGGGAAGUGCACCCCAUCCAGGCCCAGGUGGAGUCCCUAGAGCGUGAAGUGGGCCGCCUCUGCCAAAGAAGCCCUGAGGCAGCCCACGGCCUCAGGCACAGGCAGCAGGAGGUGGCUGAGAGCUGGUGGCAGCUCCGGAGCAGGGCCUAGAAGCGGUAUGAACCCACAGGCCUUGCCCUUGCCGACCCAUCCUCCAGCAUCUCAGUCCCCACA